AUUGACAACAACUACAAGGGGUCUCUCGGUCUAUCUUUUGCGCGACCAUGCGCUCCGUUUACCGCUGCGCAGCCUUGCUAGCGCUCCACCUCGCGCCAUGGACGGCGCACGCCCUGCACGCGUCCGAGGCCGGCGUGCUCGACUGGUACACUCCAUUAAUGGGACAACCGAUCACGGAGACGCUCGCGACAGCACCGACUUUCCACCGCGUGACGCAAGAGGGCGGAGCGAGCGAGAGCGUCGUGUUGGCCGCGACCGCGGCGAAUGUGCUGGCGGGCGUGAAUCCCGUGAACGGGUCUCUGGCUUGGAGACAUGUAUUCGAGGACGAAGACGCUGUAAUAGCGUUUCAAAAGCAUAAGAAUGUUGUAGCCUCUGUGUCCGGGCCCUCUGGUUCUACCCUCCGCUUAUUCGAUGCUCUGAAGGGCCACCUCUUGCUCGAGCAGCGCAUACAUGCACCUGAAGUUGGCCGGCUGCACCAACCCGAGUCGGUUGGCGUGGCAAUCGCCUUCUACGCCGAGAACGAAGAAUCCGAUAUCUUGGUGCUGACCAGCGGAGAUAAUCUGAGGAGACUGAACGGGAAGACGGGCGAGCUCAAGUGGAGCUGGACUGCACAAGAUCAAGGCUCGUUGGUGAUAUACUCGAAGAUCAUCCCGAGCCCGAACGCCAUCUAUCUCGUCGGUCUCGCCAAGUCAUUCGCGGGCUACACGUUGCACGUCUCCGCCCUCUCGCCCGCGGACGGUUCGCUCCUUGCCUCGCAGCCGAUCAAUUCCCAGGUCGAGAACGGUCUCACGGACUUUUUGUACCUCGCCUCCCCCAGCUCCUCAGCCAAUCGCAACCCGAGGCUGGUGUGGCUCGAGCACGCGACGAUCCGUUCGGUCGACCUCACGCCGCUCCUGGACGCGAAGGGCGCGUCGACGAAGGGGACCGCGUACAAGCGGAUUAUAGACGUAGGAUUGGCCGAGCACGGCCAGUUCGUCGCGAUCAAGGAGGACGGGACGGGGAGGGUGUUUAGGUUGGAUGUGAACGGAGCUGGGGAAGGGAGUAUCAAGGGUAUCUGGGAGUUCCAGCGAUCCGCGACUUCGAAGGAUUACAGCGACUCGAUGUAUUCGGGCGGUGUCGACAAGGACGGACAUCCUUACAUUGGUCGGGUGUUCUGGUCCCAUGCUCUUCAGCAAGCAGGCUACAACAUAUUUGCCGCGCAUUUGGGCGAUGGUAAAGGCCUCGUGAGCGGCUUCGCCUUCCCGUUCGACACGGACAAGCAUGGCAUAAUCUCGCACGUCGCAAUCGAUGCCGCGAACCCGCAGACGGAUACCGUGGUGUCUCGCAUAGUCCUCACGACGACGACCGGCGCGGUGCAGCUGUGGACGCAGGACAAGGUAUCGUGGACGAGGGAAGAGUCGCUGGCGAGCAUCAGUGUCGCCGAGUUCGUCGACCUGCCCGAGCCGAGCGGCGAUGGCAAAGGCGCUGCGCGCGAUCAUGAAGGCUGGCUGGCACGCACGACGCGGCACUUCGCCGACGCUCAGAACUUACCAGAGUACCUCGCCCACUUCGCCAAGCGGUUCGCCACGGGCUCGUACGCGUCUGUAUCAGCUCCGGUUUCUCCUGUCAACCCGUCGAACGCGACAUCGCUCGCCCGGGACGCGUUCGGGCUCAAGAAGAUCAUCGUUGCGGCCACGCCUUUUGGGAACGUCUUUGGCAUUGACUCCAGCACGGGCAAGAUUGUAUGGAGCCGUGUGCUAGGGCUGGGCUGGGCGGCUGAGGUUGGCGGGAGGGUGUUGCCCGUAAAGUUGUUUGUUAUGGCCGGUGCCGACGAUGGGAGCAAACCGGAGGUGCUGCUCAUCACUCAGCGACGUGCCGAGAACACCCUCGUCGACACGGUCGUCUUCCAUCUUGACGCCCUCACAGGUGCAGACGCCAGCGGUGCGGCGCCGACGCCACUCAUUCAAGGGAUCGACGUUAUUCCCGGCGCCCUGGUGGAGUCGUAUUUCAUACCGGAAAUCAAGACCGCUCUCCUAUUCGACGAGUUCCUGCAGCUCCAUACCUACCCUGACAAUCCGAAAGUCAAGAGUGCUCUGAAAAAGCUUGCCCCUUCGCUCCAUUUCUCCCUUCGCGCUGGAAAGCCCGGCAGCCGCCAGCUCAUAGGCCAUCGCAUUAUGUCUUCUGACCGCCUUCCGGGCAUCCAGACAUACGUGGGCUACCCUACGUGGACGCUCGCCCUUCCGCCCUCAGAAGAGAUCAUAACAAUCGUCCCGCGGCCGCGCGAGCCCGUUGCGAGUCUCGGGAAGGUGCUGGGCAAUCGGACGACGCUCUACAAGUACCUCAAUCCGAACGUCGUCGCAGUCCUCACCUCAAAUCCGGAGACGCCUAGCUGCGGUGUCUAUGUUGUCGACCAGGCGAAGGGUACAACUCUCUACCGCGCCAAGCUUCCUGCCUUUGGGGGGCGGUGCGACGUCCACGCCACGUUUGCGGAGAAUUGGCUGGUGUAUCACUAUUACGACGGGGACAACGCGGGGGCAAGCAGGACGAAGGCGUACAGGGUCGUGAGCGUUGAGCUCUACGAGGGGAAGGGCGUCGACGACAAGACGAGGAGCUCGGAAUUGUCCAGCUUGUCGCCGAAGAGCACGGCGUUGUCUGCUCUCGAGCAGGUGUACCUGUUCCCUCACGGUGUGAUGACUAUGACCACGACGUCGACCAAGUAUGGGAUGACGGCCAAGGAUCUCAUAGUUGCGAACAAGAACGGACAGAUUCAGUCCUUCCCCCGUCGGCUCCUCGAUCCGAGAAGGCCGAAGCGCAAACCGACUGUCGAAGAGCAGGAGGAAUGGCUGAUCCAAUACGAUCCGCUUCUUCCUGACGACCCCCGACGCGUGCUCUCGCACAACUAUGACGUCGAGAAAGUGCGGCGUAUCAUAACGUCGCCCGCGCUCCUCGAGUCUACCUCCCUCGUCUUCGCGUACGGGCUCGACUUGUUCUCAACAAGAACAGCGCCGUCAAAGACGUUCGACGUUCUCAACGAAAACUUCAACAAGGUCCAGCUCGUGCUCACCAUUACGGGCCUGGCGGUGGCCAUCUUUGUGACGAAGCCGAUGGUGCAGAGAAAGAGGUUAAGAGAGAAGUGGUAUCAGUGACCGUGCUCAUGAUCUUGUAUAAUUCAACACUGCUAGAAGUGCACACGCGUUCUCAUAGGAUGCAAUGAGACAUUGAUCUCGAUUAAUAUACAAGCGAUGGGCUGCCGCUCGACCAGGGCCGCGCUCCUGUGCGGCGUUCACUCCUCGUCUUCGCCAAUGUCAUCCGCCGUCUGGUCUUCGUUCUCAAUUGCAUAUGCAUCCCUAAUCGACAGCAACUCUUCCACCAGCUCCUUCAUCUGCUCCUGUUCUAAUCCGUUGUCCUGCGCUACGUUGAGUAGGGCGGACGAAUGCAUGUUUUUCCGUAGAUACUCGGCGUGCAAGGAUAAUAGAUUUGUGGUUGCGGAGUUCGUGUCCAAUGAACUCAUGACCGGCAUUGAGACGAUCUUCGGGCGCCUUGAGUUAGACGCUCGCCUUGACAGGAUAGUUUGAGGGAAAGACGAGAUGAUAGGGAAUGGCGGCAAAAAACGUGAAGUCAGCGCUGAAUUGCUUCCUGCCCAUUCAGCAUAAACGUCGAUGCUACUGUCGCUCAGGCCACGCAAGACGUCGCGCCGAGAAAAUGAAGCAGUUCUCUUGCCUUGCCUAGCUUCGCUAGGCCACAGGCCGGACAAGUCGUAGAACCGGUUUUCGAGCACUGUACUGGUGAUUUCGUCUGUGAACGGUAGGAUUCCUCGGAGAUGCGAAAAGCGUGUGUCGUUUUGGAUGUUCAAGCUUUCCGAGAAGGAAGCAAAAUCUUCCGCUUUCUUCUUCAACCUAAGGGGUAGAGUCACAGUCUCGAUGUGAGUGGAAAUGAUCGUAGAUGUAUGAUGCAUGUUCGAGGUCUCAAGCUUGCGGACGAUCUCGUCCUUCAGUUUCGGCCACGUCAGUGCCGGGUUUUGAAUAGGUACCGCGAUGCUAGUGAACUCAUUCAAGCUUUGCAACGCGAGCGCAUCAUUCAAUAUAGACUGAGCUUCCACAUGUGGAGACUCGGUCGUUUCAGUCGUUGUCCAACGGCUCGCGGAAUCAUAUAAGGUGAUGCGCGACGACAAGUUUGCGAAUGCGAGCGCAGGCAACUUCGAGAAGUCGUCGCGAUAGGUUUGUAGAAAUGAGUCAAUGAAGCCACCGAAUGCAGGAACGUCGUAAGUCAACUGGACUCCCUGUAACGAAUCACACUCUUCGACGAAUUGUCGAAAUGAUUCUUCCAUUAGAGAGUUAUCCGAAUCGUACUGCUUGAACAGCGCUUGACCACUUGCCCAGUUCGUGGUCUCCGGGGACUCAGCCGCCGAAGGGUCCGGGAGUUUGUGUAUAGACCGUGGCACAUAGUACGGGUGCGAGUAGUCGGACCAGAAUCGGAUUCCUGGGUCGGCUUUCGCAGUCGCGUUUUCGUCGUUCUCGUCGUCAUGUGCCUCGUUCUCCUCUUCAAGAUGUCGCAAAUACUGGCUCUUAGGCACCGGAUCUUGAGCAAAUUCUACGACUUCGCCAGACCAAGGAGUCAUGUCCGCGUCCUUCUCCGGAUAGAGAUCAUUAGUCCUGGCCAAACUUCCGAAGUUGGCUAAUCUAGGUAUCACAAUAAACUGUCGCUACGUCGUGCUAGCUAACCGUACGACUGACCACGUCGGUCAAAGAUCAAGACUCUCGGGCAGUAUGUAGGUUGGCCAUUCGUAGAUAGCCCUUCUCUGAACGAUUUGUCGUGAUCCACGAGCGGAUCUUCUGCCUCCGCGUCCUCCAAGUCCCCGUAGGUGAAGUAGCUCUCCUGCGUAUUCCAGAAAUGCGUGCCGAUAUGGUUGGCUAGAUUACCAGC